AUGGUAAGAAAGUUUGGUACGCUUAGUAAUGUAGAUAACAUCCAACAAGCCUCUGCUAAUAACAACAUCAGAGAGGUUUACCAAAAGAAAAACAUCUUGAUUGAUAAAUCCAGCAGGAGAGUAACACAGAUCAGAGACUCUAAAGGGAACAUCAUAAAGGAUGAGGCAACUCGGCUGCAGAGGGGGGCUGAAUACUUAGAGGACAUACUUAAUGCAGACCAACCUGAAGAACUCCUUGACUUCUCCCAGCUCAAUUCAUUUGGUGAACUAGAAAUCAACAUGGAACCACCAACCAUGGCAAAGCUGAAUAAAGCUGUCAGACUACUGAAGAGAAACAAAUCUCCAGGGAUCGACAACAUUCCUCCUGAGCUACUUAAGGAUGGAGGCGAUAACAUCAGAGAAUGGCUGUUACAAAUUUGCAGACUCAUUUGGCUAAAAGAAAGAACUCCUAGCGAAUGGGGAAAGGGCAUCUUUUUACCACUACCACAGAAAGGGGACCUCUCAUACUGCAACAACAAUAGAGGGAUCACCUUACUUGAUAUAGCAGCGGCCAUUGACUCAGUUCACAGACCUUCACUCUGGGAAGUUCUCAAGAUCUAUAGCAUCCCUAGUAAGAUGAUCAAUAUUAUCAAGAAUUCCUAUGAAGACACAACAUGUGCAGUGAAGUCAGAGGGACCCAUCUCCACCUGGUUUAAGAUUGUCACAGGCGUGAGACAAGGCGAUAUCUGGUCCCCCUUGCUAUUUGGUGUGGUCAUUGAUUUCAUCGUUAGACAUGCUGUAGACAACAGCAACAGAGGUAUUGUUCUUAUACCCAGGCCCCACCCAGGCGAAGCUCAAGAUAUCCUGAGGUGA